AUGGACGGGGAUACGGCAGCUGUAGCUGCCGCUGUAGGAGCUUGUGAGGUCCAAGCUGAGGAGUUGCAAAAACAUCUUGCUGCAGACUUGCGCUGGCUGGACGAAUUCAAAUGGCUGCACAAUGCGCCCGUGAUCACCUUUUUCACCGCUCAUCUGCACGAGCGCAUCCCCAGCGCCUGGGCAUCGGUGCUGAGCAGCUGCUCAGCUUAUGACUUGGCUCGUCUGUGCCGGGACCGACAUGAGCUCGGUGAGUCAUUGGUUGCCGACAUGCCGGACGAUCUUUGUGCGUUUCUGGCCGUGGGCAAUCGCGAACACGCGGCGCGUGCCCCCGUGGACCUGCCGGACGGACCCAUCUUGACGCACGCGCUGCAGCAAAUGAAGGGUGCCACACCCAAGAAGCGGCACGAAUCUCGACGGUUGGUAGCGCUAUUGGAUGGUUUGCGCCGGAGUGAGGACUGCGAGGCGAUACUGGACAUUGGAGCCGGCUCGGCAUACAUAGGACAGCUCUUGCGGCUCUCAGAUCCCACGGCCCGAUAUGUGGGCGUCGAGGGAAACCAAUCCAUCCACGCCGGUGCCACGGCUCGCGAUGAGCGGGUGUUGCGACAGCGCCCCGUGCAGCGAUUGGCUGCAGACGGUCAGAUCAAUGCAACUGGGUUUAGUAUCGUGCAUGGUCGCCUCGAGUGGCAGCAGCACGCAGAGAAUGAGGCGGUCGUCACGCGGGCCCUGCGAACCAUCCAGACCGUCAAUCACCUGGAUCUCGCUCCAGAUAGACUGGAUUCGGCGUCGGACCUUUCAGCGGUGCUCAUGACAGGCUUGCACUGUUGCGGAGACUUGACCCCCAGCAUGCUGACCUCCUUUGCGGAGCACCCAGGGCUGCGCAGCUUGGCCGUGGUCGGUUGUUGUUACCACGGUCUUUCGCUGCAGCAAGGACGCACCUACGACUGGUUUUGUCGUUGUCAGACAGCAGAUGCACUGGCAGAUGGGGCAAGGCAGGCACGGGCCGAUCAGGUGCUAGGAAGUUACCGUCCGGCGCAGUCUCAGUCGCAACCCUCAACAACGAAUGCGCUGCCCGGACGUUUCAACAUGCAGCCAGGACACGACGACUACCACUACCAGCCUGCCCUGGUGUCUGGCGCCCGAGUGUUUGCCGCGUUUCCCAUGAGCGCGGCGGCGCAUGACGAGAUGCGGACGACAGACCGCUUUCGUGUCAUCGAUCCCUUCUCAAUGAGGCGCGCGUCUGCCUCCAACUUGGCCAAAACCUUGGCGGGAUCACCGGAAGAUUGUGCAUUUGGCGUGCGAGCCACGCUGUACCGGACCGUGGUUGAAGAGGUACUGGAUCGGCAUCCCAAUUGGCGCAUCAAAUCGGUGCGCUUCAAGCUCAGUCGGCUUCAGUAUGGUCCUGAUUUUGAAAGCUACUUGGCCAAGGCGUUUGAAAAUUGCCGGGUGGCUCACCUCGACGAGCCGGUGAAUGAGGAGGAUCUUGCUGCACAGGAAGCGGCGCGCAUCCUUGUCAUGGACGAGAUCCGGCGGACCUUUGAGCAUCGGGCACCUUUGGAGGCAUAUCUCCGCAUCUUUUUGACCCUGCAGGCGGUUGCUAACCUGCCCCUCGGACCGGCUUUAAAGGCCGAACCCGUGUCCGGCUUCCUUGACGGGCUUUUGCCUGCCGGCUUGGGCUGCCAAGGGUUCUUAACCCUAUAUACCGCCCGCCCCCCAGCAACCCGGGCCGCUCGCCUCGACAGGCUGCCGUCGGGUGGCCGGCGGGUCACUGCGGUUGCCAUGUCGGCCAUGGCUGCGCGAGCGGAGCUUCCCGCCAGUAACAGUGCCAGCCCGAGCCCCUUUGCCACUGCUUCCUCGGCUCUGCCCGUGCGCCGUCCUGGCCGAUCAUUGGACGGUUUGGGCACAAAAAAUGAUCUGCUCACAUCCCUGGCCGAUGCGGCCACACGACAGCCCAGUGCCGCCGCACGCUUAAACCUGCGUACGGCACCCCACCACGAUGAUCUCAGCUCCACUCAGUCGCUUUUGAAUAGCCUUCUUCCUAUGGCGUCCGCUCCGAACACUCUAAAGUCGAAUCAGCGCCACCCGGGACGACGGGCGCAACCUAGUGCAACUUCCCAUGGUAGUGGGAGCAGCACGGACAUGGCCGAUGUAGAGCGUGUCCAAUCGUCGCUGCAUAACCACACGUCCUGGCUCCGCGAGCAUCUCAAGCCGCUCGAUGGAGCUCUGGCUGAAAUGCAAUCGACAACGACCUCGUCACCAGCUCAGAGCAACGAUGUACAUCCCAACCCGACGCCCAGUCGCACCUCACGAGCUGAUCGUGGAAGCGCGCAGGGCUCUGAUACACUGGCUGACUUUCCCAAUCUAGCCGAAGCGCUACUCGUUCUGGACCGGAGCAAUGCCCAUGUAGAUGCUUCAGUCAAACCAGCCGUCUCUUUCAACGCGCUUAUUGCUUUGGCCCUGCUGGAACACCCACGACACCGCAUGACCGUGAGCGAGAUUUACUCUUGGUUUCAAUCCAACUUCCCGUACUUCAGCUCGCCGACCAUUGGCAUGAGCUGGAAAAACUCGAUUCGCCACAACCUCAGCUCCAAUCGUCAUUUCGUCAAGGUGGAACGCGAAGACGACAGCCAUCUGCCAAUGAAGGGCGCUUGCUGGACUCUUCUCUCGGAGAGCCUGGUAUUCCUGGCCGGAAUCAAGGCACAGCACGCUGCCCAGUCUCCUAGCAAACGCAUGCUGCUUACUCUGAGUGGUAAGAAGUCCUUACCUGCCAUUCCUGGCCGGAGUGCCCGAGGUGCCGAUGCCCUAGGUCGUUCAGCAGAUGCCGAGCUGGCGACGCCCGUACGUCAGCUGGAUGCCUCCAUUCUCGCCGGCAUGGAGGCUGAGAGCGAUGAGCGCGAUCCGGAGCGCAACCGCCGAUUUGCUCGCCGUGUACGCGAAUCCCCCAAUCCGGCGCUUUUCACCUUCUCUUCUUCCGUGUCGGAGACGGCCAGAGAGCCUGACUCGGACGGCCCGGAGAAAAUGGAUGACAUGGAUGACGCUGAGAUGAUGACCACCGUGGCCAGUGGCGAAGGGGCCCUGGGCGAACGACCCGGAGCUAUGGGUGUGGCUCGUCGCCGCCUGAAUCUCCCCGAGGUAGAAGAGGAUCCUGUUGCUGAUUUGCCGGACGGCAUGGAUACAACAGGUGAUGAGCUCUCUGCUUCAGCCGCCCUCUUGUCUCUUGCCGGACAAGGCACCGUGUUCCAUGGCCGCAAGACUCCCAUGUGA